CGACUGCAGCCAAGUUGAGUAAGCAUUUUAGUUGCUCACGAGAAGAUCGCCGGUGAGGUAUCCGAAAAGCAGCCCACAAUCUCGUAAACCACGUAUACGAUAUAUCUCAGGGCAAUGCAAACCCCAAACAACAACGACAGUCAGCUUAUUCUGGUGCAGCAGAAUUUGCGAACACUGUCUCAUGAACUAGUUAGGAGCCAUGCUGAUCAUGUAGAGCAACUGGAUCUAAGCCAUAACUGCUUGAAGGAUUUGUCCUGGCUGGCGGAGUUCGAGCAGCUACGUCACUUGGUCCUAGAUAGCAAUAGAAUGCAUGAAGCUCAUCUAAGAACGUUGACACGCCCUCUGCCCCAAUUAGAAGUACUUAUGCUCAACAAAAACGAGUUCAGCGACCUGCCAACGACAAUGCGUCUGAUCAGAAGGUUUUUUCCCAACCUGCAAUAUUUGAGCUUCCAUGGCAAUCCAAUCUGCCCAGAUGGUCUGGAACUACAGCCCUUCUCCAGUUACCUAAGCUACGACUAUGCAUACUACAGCAAUUACAUUGCACAGUCGCUCAGCAAGCUGAAAUUCCUGGAUCAUGGACUGGUUCAACGCACCUACCAGUACGAAAGUUUCCCGCUUAAAAGUUAUGCUGGAAAGCAACUGAUACAAACAACUAGUUUCUGAGGUGGCGACCUGAUAAAAAAGAAAAUUAUUUAAAUAUAUAUAUUAGAAAUAAGAUACGAAAGUCAUGUCGUUUACAUGAAAUAUUAAAAGUACAUAUAUUUUCAA